ACAUUAUGUUCAUUGGUCAAUCACAGCCCAGCCAUUAGACGACAACAUCCGUCAAGCUUUUCUUGGUGGUUUUCACCUGGCACCAAGACAUAGUGGCCCAUGAAGAAGACUAAACCAAACAGUUCGACAGAUGAUUCGCGUGGCACAUCCGACGAAUCUACAUGAUGCCCUCCUAGUCUCGAGUAUUUUCCUUUUGAUUUUUGCAUUGUUACCUCCAUAUGAAGUCAGAGUGCAGGAACUCUUCGAGGCCGUCAGCAUCGACUUCCUCUCGGUGGGAGGCGUAUGGGAGGGCUGGGGAAGAUGGUGUCCUGCAUACUUGCGGAAAAUACGAGGGCAGGCAAGAAGACAGGGAACAGAAGAGGCCCAUUGAGGUAGAGAAAGAACGACAGUAUGUGGAAGUG